GAGCGUAAAGAUAAACCCCGAAUGACAGAUAGUGUAGACCUACAUCAUCUUCACGUGAUUUUUUCUCAUAUAUUCCUUUACUUAUAAAUAUUCUACAUUGAGAGAUAGACGAAGACUAAGCGAAAAAAUUGGCCGAAGAGAAUUAAUAAUGGGAAGUCACCCAAAAGAUGUGGUUAUCACGGACGAACACCCCAAGACUCUCCUGUAUCAGAAACAUGCCGACUACAUAGUAGGCUAUAGUAAGAAGAAGGAUGAUUAUGAGUUUACAAUGACAGAGCACUUCCGCAUGUCAGGGAUGUACUGGGGCAUCACAGCGCUAGACCUCCUGAAUCAGCUAGAUCGGAUGGACUCAACAGAAAUUGUAGAGUUCAUUUGCAAAUGCCAAGACAAGGGAAGCGGAGGGUUUUCUCCCAGCAUUGGCCACGAUGCUCAUCUUCUUUACACACUGAGUGCUGUGCAGAUCCUAGUAAUUCUGGAAGCUCUGGACAAGGUGGAUGUGGAGGCCAUAGUGAAGUACGUGGCAGGCCUGCAGAACGAAGAUGGGUCGUUCUCAGGUGACCAGUGGGGGGAAGUGGACACCAGAUUCUCCUUCUGUGCUGUUAAUACGUUGGCCCUACUUAAAAGAUUAGAUGCAAUAAACACAGAAAAAGCUGUGGAGUUUGUAAUGAGGUGUCAAAAUGUUGAUGGAGGUUUUGGCACUCGACCUGGCUCGGAAAGUCAUGCUGGUCAGAUAUACUGCUGUGUUGGACUCCUCUCCAUCACAGGUCAGCUGCACAGAGUUAAUGGCGAUCUCCUGGGAUGGUGGCUGUGUGAACGGCAGUUGCCCUCAGGUGGGCUUAAUGGCAGGCCAGAGAAGCUUCCUGAUGUGUGCUACUCCUGGUGGGUGUUGGCCUCCUUGACCAUGCUGGGAAGACUCCACUGGAUCAAUGCUGACAAAAUGAGGGUGUUUAUUCUAGCCACACAGGAUGCCGAGACAGGAGGUUUCACGGAUAGACCUGGGGAUAUGGUGGACCUAUAUCACACACUGUUUGGUCUAGCAGGACUAUCCUUGCUUGGAGAAUCUUCACUGAAACCCAUCAACCCAGUGUUUUGCAUGCCCCAAUAUGUACUAGAUCGUCUUUCGGUAACUGUGCAGAUCAUGUCAACGUGAUGAAACGUUAAUUCCUUUCUCUCAUUGAAAAGUAUGUACGAUCUUAGUAAAAACUGACUGAAUUUAUCUUCUGCACCUUGUAUAAAUUAUCAUUUUCUGUACCAUGGAAAGUAUCCUGUGAUUAUACACUGAAUUAAUUACAUCUUGAUUAUGAAAAGGUGUAUGUAUAGUGCAUGUUCUGUACAUUGUAAGUUGUCUAUGACCUUAACUGAAAAGAUUUAUUAGGGUUUCAUUCCUUGGUCAAGUUUUAUACCUUCAACACAUUUUGGGGCAAUCAUAAUGUGUUUAAUUAAUUUAUUUCCUUUUCUGCUGUAGAACCUCUGCAUUCCACAAUUCACAGUACAUUAUUUUCAGGCUUUUGUGAAUAAGAGUAAAUACUUGUA